UUUAAGCAUCUGGACACGACUCUUGCCAAUUCGAAAUUGAUUUUGUCCCCGCACAAACAGAGCUGAAGUAAAUAUUUGAAAAUGUCCACUCUUGAUGACUUCUUCGCCAAGAAGGACAACAAAAAGUCUAAAAAAAAAACAAACUACUUGGCCACCGAUGAGCUGUACAAAACGCUGGAGGAAUCCACCAAUCUAGCUGUCGAGGCUGGCAGCGAUCCAAACAAAGGACUUGACAACGACGACAGCUUGAUGGAGGGUCCAACUGGAUCGGCAGGACCAUCAUUUGCCAAACCGCUGGAAUUCGGUCUUCAAUUCCCUGACGAAACUGGCGAGGAUGAGGACGAGUGGUCGGAUUACACCGAGGAAAAUCGUUUCAAUUAUACAAGUGUGCCACGUAGCACCUGGAAGACACUGAGCGGCACACUUCUGGCUCCAUCCACCGAGAUCAAUGUUCUGGAGCCGGAGGAGCGAGAGCAGUGCGCCGGAGAUGGCAUAGAUGUGGUCCCCGGCAAGCGCCUGGACGAGGGUCCGGGCUCUGCCUCUUGUCCCUGGCAGAACAUGGAGAAGACACAGCCCCAGGAGGAGCCGAUGGAGCCGAAGGAGCCUAAGGAGCUGAAGUGCGAGCAGCAGCCAGAGAUGAAGACCUCAUCUGAGAACCCACAAAACCCAGAGAUGAAGCCCCAGGUCUACAUUCCGCCUGCUCUGCGCCAGAGCCAGGCUGAAUCCCGCCAGCGACCCCAGGCGGAGAAGGCUACCCGCAAGCUGCCAUCAGCUUUAUCCAUGGGGAAGCCCCAGGCUCCAGAUAUCAAGAGCUCGGAGUAUUUCCCCAGUCUGGGCGGCUCCAAAUCGAUCAAGCGCCCCAAGUAACCUUCGGGUUCCCCAUCACAAUUUGUUUAACCUUUUUUUUGCUGUUCAAAUUUACGGAGAUCAAUGGUUGUCUUUUUGCCUUUAACGAGCAACGGCGCAAUAAAGAAUAAAUAAAGUCGCUA